GGUUGUUGGUUUAUGUUCUUCCAUGAGCUGAGCUCCCUCCUUAUUUUCCCUCCCCAAAUCUUCACAAAAAUCCAAGAAUCCAGCCCUGCAUGUCACACCAUAAGAUCCCCACGGUUCUAAGCUUUCCAUUCAUCCAAAUAGCUUGCACAUGCAUAGAUUGCUGAGGGAGAUCGAGAAGAAAAGAGAAGGAGUUUGCUACUUGGUGCAAGGCAGCAGCAGCAGUAGCAGUUCUUUUCCUCCAUCUUGGUCGCCGGUUCAAGACUUCAAGGCUAGUAGCAGGCUACAAGUUGUUUUCUCUUCUUUGAUGACAACAGCUCGGUGUCUUCUUUGCUUCCCUAUUUUGGUUUCGAGAAUCUGGAGAGUAAAAAGCCAUAUCCAGAGGAGGAUAGUGACUAUCCUCAGCAGAAAGGAAAGGAUUCCGGGUAUGAGUUGUGCUUCUUGUGUGGUCACUGCUCUGCCGGUAGUGGCAAGGGCUGUGAGUGAUCCCUUCUCUUGCAGCUUGGCUCUUGCCCGGUUAGUUUGUACUUGUGGGGUUGUGGCACCAUCGGCUUUUGUUUUAUGCUUAUGAGUUUUAUUUGAGACUUCCGCUGCUACUUAUUUUGUGUAUGUUGGGACCUCGGACCCUAUGUUGUGUCAUGUUCAUUGCUAUUUAUUAUCAAGCUUAUGGUACUUGUUGUGACUAUUAAUUGCUUGCGAUGAAAGUGUGAGACUAGUCGCAUUCCUGGGGACUAGCUAAGCAUGU